AAAGGGAGGGAUAUAUUAAAAAUCCUUUUUAAAAGAUAAGAACCUCGAAGUGAGCUCGAGCAAUUGGCGUAAGUCGUCAGUCGCUCUAAGCUACAUAGGGGUUCAAUGAGAACUAAUCAAUCAAGAUUUGGUGCAUACCGAGUGUACGUGAAAAAAUCCUUGGCCACGACGUCCUCCGUGGUAUCGUCGGUGGCCCGCCGAAGAGGUCAUCCUCGGCAGCUACUAUAACGGCUACUACGGUGACGUCGGCCACAGGGACAAUGUUACGUUCACCUGCUCGAGUUGUACUCCAUCAGGAGGGAAACAACGUAACUUCAGGUGUAUCAUCGUCCUCAUCGACGAUGUCAGCACCUGCCACUCCUGUUCAUUACGGUGGUGGUGGUGGUGGUGGUGGUAGUAAUAGUACAACAACAACUACCCCAGCAAGCUCAUCUUCCCGACUUUCCCUUCUCGACACCUGCCACAGGAAAAUCAGGCUCUUCGGCGAGCUCGUCGCAAAAGCCCGACGAAAGGAGAAAGAUGCGGGUACUACAGAAGAUCCUAAACUCUAUUUGGAGGAGGCGGCUUUAGAAAGACAGCUGCCCGAGUUGGAUUUAAGGAUGCUAGUUGAUCUGCCACCCGGUUUGGAUUAUAACGAGUGGUUGGCAUCACAUACCCUCGCACUGUUCGAUCAUAUUAAUCUCGUUUAUGGCACUAUAUCUGAAUUUUGCACUAUGACUGGUUGCCCAGAUAUGACUGGUCCCGGCCUGAGGACGUAUUUAUGGUUUGACGAAAAAGGUAAAAAAACGAGGGUAGCAGCGCCACAGUAUAUAGAUUAUGUUAUGACAUUUACACAACGCACCGUUAGCGAUGAAACUAUAUUUCCUACUAAAUAUGCGAAUGAAUUUCCAAGUUCGUUCGAAUCAAUAGUGCGUAAGAUCCUGCGGCUACUGUACCACGUGGUGGCACACAUUUACCACUGCCACUUCCGAGAGGUGGCACUCUUGGGGUUGCAUGCUCACCUCAAUUGUGUAUUCGCUCACCUCACUCUCCUUAAUCAACGCUUCAAUCUUAUCGAUCCCAAGGAAACGGAAAUCCUAGGAGACUUAGAGGCUGCUCUCUUGGGUGACUCAUCAUCCACGCCUUCGCAAACUUUAGCCAUCCAGGAGACUCCGACCACAAACAGCUAGAUCACAAUGCACAGCAUGCCAGAGGUUGCAGUUCCUGAGAGUAGGUGACGAUAGGCGUUUGUUUGAUUUCUUAAAAAUAGGAUAUACGUGAAAGAAAGUUUACAAGGAAAAAGAUUACACUUAUUACACGCAUGCACACAUACACAAACACAAGUAUACACAGAAAAAGUGAAGCGAUUCUGUAAAAACCAAGUAGUACCUGUAAAUAGCGAAGUGUGAGAACUACAACUACAAUGAUGUAAUUAGGUUCCUCCGUUUGUUGUUUGUGAGAUUGUACAUAAUUUAUUAAUAACGAUAAGAUAUAUAUGAGAAAGGAAGAAGGGAAGAAAGAAGAAGAUGAUCAAUUCAUUAAUGAUUAUAUUGAUGAAAAUUAGUUGACGAAAUAUAAGAGAGAUCAUUUGUUCCGUAAAAAAAUAAAUGAACCAAUAAGAAUAUUGUAAAGUUAAAGAGAGUAAUACCAAAUAUAUACCUGGUGUUAAGGCAA